AUGAUAUUAAUAAGUUUCUUGGUAUUAAGUACAAAGAUGUUGAAUGGUUUUGAGACCAUCAAAAUGAAUCCAGCUUAUCAAUAUCAAAGGAAAUUUAUUUAAUUAACAGAAAAUGAAUAUACAACUAAUACUUGUUUGACUUAUGGAUUAUGGUCAAAGUAUAAUCCAUUAAGUACAAUUACAUAGGUAGGAAUGUAUGGAUUAUUCGAUAGUCACUGUUUUCAUUUACAUAAUGCAAUUGAAUAGAAUUCAUAAAGUUUAAAUCUUAUUUAUUAUGAUUGUUUAGACUCUGUUUCAAGAAAAAUAAUUAAAAAAAUCCUAUUUAUUAAUAAUUUAGAUGAAUAGGUUAGACUUUAAAUAGAAAUUGAUUCAUUUGAUUAUGAAAACACUUGGUAUUACUUACAAUUAAUAGCUUAUCCAUCUUAGAAUAUAUUUAAAUUGAUAUUUAUUAAAAUGUAGGAAGUUUUAUUUUAAACUAUAAAGUCAAUGAAAUAUCCAUUUAAUGAUGAAAACUUAAUCCUAUCAUUUGGAGGUAAUUUUAGAGUACAUAAUUCAAAGAUACAUGAAAUUAAAAAUGGUGAAAUAUUUUCUUAUUUUCCAGGCACUAUUAUUUUGUAAGAAUUUUCAAUUUAAAGUUUAACACUUGAUUUUGCUUUUAUUGAUAUUGCAAAUUAAGCAUAUAAAUAAUUUGAUUAAUGUAUUUGUUAACCAAAUGAGAAAUUCUUGAUUGGAGAUAAGGAUUUUAAAUAAUAAGAAUAUGAUAUCUAUUUUUCUGAUAAUUUAAAUUGUGAAUCAUUUAUAUUAAUAGGUUGGAUUAAAAUUAAAGAGAUUAUAAAUCCAUCUGGAAUACUCAAUUAUUAAUUAAUGAAAAUUUCACCAAAUUUAUAAAACCCAAUAUUUUAAAAUCAAAAUUUAUCACCCUUUUAAUUAUUUUAUCAUAUAACAUCAUUAUAAAAUGAAAUAGAAAUAAUUACAUAUAGUUAUACUUUUCCAGAUGUUUCUAUUGAUUUUUCAGAUAAUCCUUUCCUAAUAAAGAAGAAAUUAUUAAUUAAAAAUAAGAUCAAUAUAUGGCAUUAUCUCAAAGUUGAAUUAUUAGAUAAUAAGUUAAUUGUAGAAAUUACAUUUUAUGAAGGUUAAGAAAUAUUCUAUUAUGAUGCUUAAUUUGAAGUUAAUCACUUUCAUAAUUGUUUAUUUAAACUCUAAUAUGGUAAUUGUUAAUAAACAUAAAUGAAUUAUUUAAACAUCUAAAUAAACAAUUUAGAGUUUUUUAAUUGUUAUAAAGAAAUUACAACAUAAAAUUGUCAUUACAGUUGUUAUGAAUGUGAUGGUCCAACCAAUUAGGAUUGUUUGUCUUGUUCCAUUGAAUCUUAAAGAAUCUAUAUUUAAGAACAUAAAGUCUGCAUUUGUCCAUAUAAUACAAUAGAUAAUUAAAAUAAAUGUUAAACAUACGUAGAUUCAAAUCUUAGAUUGAUUGAAGAUUAAAAUCUUAAUAAUAAUUAGAAUUGUAAAUAUGGAUUUUUUGAAUUUGAUGGGAAUUGUAUAUAAUGGUAAAAAAAUAAUUAAAAUUUAGUCCUUCUAUUAUUAAGGAUGAUUUUAUUAGUUGCCUAGAAUGUCUUAAUAACCCUAAAUCAUGGUUUGAAUAUCCAAUUUGCCAAAGAGUAUUAGUUAUCAAACCAAAUACAUCUUAUUAUGAGGCAUUACUUCUAUUUGGUGAUGUUUAGUAUUACUUUGAUGGAAUAUAACUUAAUUCUAUUCAUAACACUUAUUCAUUUUCUUAUGAAACCUUAAUUACAAAUAUUACAGGCAUUUAUAAAGAAUUUUAUUUGUCUUAAAAUUAUUUUAGACAAUUUUGUUAAUAAAUGGAUUUUGUUGAUACAGAUUAAUUCAUUUGUUAUGAAUGUUUCAUAAAAAGUUGUUAAAUUUGUUAAGUAACUCCUACUACUUUUAUAUGUGUAAAAUGUUAUGGUAAUUAUAAAUUAAUAAAUGGUGAAUGUAUAUUUUAACCUUCAGCAAAAGCUAAAUUUGAACUCAUUUGUUUACCACCAUAUUAUUAUUCCUUUGAUAAUUAUUGUAAAAUUUGUAAAAUCAAAAAUUGCAUAUACUGUUUUGAAUACUCUACUACUAAUUAAAAUUUUUGCUCUUUAUUUAAGUUACCUAGUUUGAAUUUGAAUUUAAGGCAAAAUUUCAAAAUAGGUUGUGCACUUUGUGAAGAAAACUACAUUUUUGAUUUUACUUUAGAAUUAUGCUUAAGAUAAAUCCCUGAAAUUAUGAAUUGUCAAAGAUCUUAUAUAAAUUUUUAAAAUUAGGAAUAAUGUGUUUCAUCUAUGAAUGAUGACUUUUCCAUUGCACCAGAAAUAUCUAAUUGUUAGAAAUAUAUUGUUAAUUGUUUAAUAUGUUCUCUAAAUGUAGAUCUAUAAAUCAAAUGCAUAGUUUGUUAAAGUAAUUUCAUUAUUGAAAAUGAUUAAUGUUAUUAAAAUGAAGAAUUAGAUGUUUAGAAAAACUUAAUCUAUAAUUUACAAAAUAAGAUUCAAAGUUUUAUUCUUUAAUUUGUUCCAUAAUUAAAAUAAUAUGUUUACAAUAAAUUUUUAAAUUAAAAAAAAGUAAUAGAAUGUGAUCCUUAAUGCAUUUUAUGUGAUUAAAUUAGUACUUAUUGUAAAUUCUGUCCAUUAAAUUACUACAAAAAAUAAAUUAUAACAGAAUUAAGUAAUACGUGUACUUAUUGUCACCCAUUCUGUGAAGUAUGCUUGCAUCGUUCGAAUAAAGAUAUUCAAGUAAAAAAAUAAAAUAUUAUGAAUAGCGAAACUAUCCACUUUUCAUUGUUAAUGAUCAAAACUAAAUUUAUACUAAACAAUGUAUUAAACCAUACUUUGAUCCUUCCUUUUCUUAUGAUCCUUAUUCAUAAUAUGUAAGGUAUUGUUUUACUAAAGAUUGUAAAGAUCAAUUUGUUUUUGAUGUUUCAUAUGAAUCAUGUGAUUUUACAAGAUUUAAUAGAUAUUAUGAGUCAAAAAUUAAUACUCAAUAUUGCAAUCAAAUUGGAAUUGAGUAUUUGACAAUUAAUUUCGUUCUUAAGAUCUCAAAUUAAUAAUGUUUUCUUAUUCUUCCAUUCAAUAUUCAAACAGAAUUAAAAUAAAAAGUUAUAAACUUAAAAAAAGUCAACCUCAAAUUUUCAUCAUCAUAAUAUUUAGAUAUCAUUUCAUUUAAUUUUAAACCUUUUUAUAAUUUUGAUUAAGUAGAAAUUAGUAAUUUAGGAUUUGUAAUAGACUCAAACUAACAUUUUAUCUUUUAUAAUAGUAAUACUAAAAUUGAUUUAAUACUUACAAAUUUUACUAUAACAUAGAGUAUAUUAUAAAAUAUUGAUUCACUAUUUAAAACAGAAUAAUUUGGGAAUAUAACUCUAAAUAAUUUUACCAUAAUAAACACUACCCUUAUUAAUUCCUCAAUUUUUAAUUCAUAAUCGUUUUAAAUGCGAGGAUCAAUUAAUAUAAUAAAUUUAUAAAUUAAAAAUUGUACAUUUAUAGAAUCAGCAUUAUUUAAAUUAUCCUAAAUUGAAUCCUUAUUAUCUUAUAAAUAUCUUAUUAUAGAUUAAUCUAAUUUAAUAAACUCAUCAAUUUUUACCUUUUACACUACUUAUCCAUAAUUAAGAAUUUUAAAUGGAUAAAAUACCAUAAUAAAAAAAAAUAAAUUCUAUAACUCUUAUUUAAUAAAUAGUACAUAUUUAAUAUAAGUAAAUUUAUAAGAUUUUCAAUUAUAUUCAAAUCUUAUAGAUACAUCUAUUAUUAUAUCAGUUAACUAUAAUAUUAAAAUGAAUAUGAUAAGUAUAUAUUAAAAUGUAUUUACUUUUUCAUAAUUCCUAUCAAUUAAUUAGAUAUUAUUAAAGAAUGAAAUUCUAUGUAAUAUUAUUGAUUUUGAAGCUAAGCAAAAUCAAUUUUAGACAUCAAGUUUAAUUUUGAUAUUUUCAACCUUAUCAACUAAUUUUCUUAUAAUUAAAUUUUCACGCUUUUCAAUUAAUAAUAAUAGCAAAUAUUCUAAUGAUAAUGGUAAAAGUCAAUUGUUUUGCAUGAAUAGUAAAGAAAUUCAUAUAUCAAAUUUCUUAAUUAAUGAUAAUGAUGAUCUAAUAAUAUUUUAAUUGUCUGAAAAUAAGAAUAUAACUAUUGUAAAUAUUAUAUAUUAACACUCUAUUCAAAAUUUUAAAAUUCCUUUAUCACAACCUUGUUUAACAACAAAUAAAAAAAACAAAUUACUUUAAGUUUUUGGAUUUACUAAUAUUUAUAUUGAGAAUGUAUAUAUCUUAAAAAUUAUCAGUGUUGAUGAACCUAUAAUAUAGAUUAAUCCAAGUUACUAAAAUUUAUCAUAUGAUAUGAAUUAGAUAGAGAUUAUUAAUCUUACAUUUGCUGAAAAUAUUCUCAUCUAAUCAACUUUAAAUAAUUACAUCUCUUUAUUAAUAAUUGAAUAAGAUAAUAGAGUAAACAUAAUACUAGAAAAUAUCAAAUAUGAAGAAAACUUUUUACAUUCAUAUUCUAGUAGUGCAAUAAGGACAACUAUUAGUUUAUUAUACAUUUAGUCUUCAUUAAGUUAACUAAAAGUAUAGAAUUUUCUUAGUAAGAAUAAUGCACUCACAAAUUCUACAAAUUCAUUUAUUACAGUAAUGUCAUUUAAUUUAAUCCUAUCUAAUUUUACAAUAUGUAACCAUAACUUUUUAUCAUAAUAAUUGUGGGUUAAAUAUUAUGAACUUUAAUUCAAUGAAAAUCUUAAUUAAGACAAUUUAAAUGAAAUCGUUUUCUAAAUUUUAUAGAUAAAGAAUACUGGAGGUGUAGGAUAGUUUUUAGUUUAAAAUUUAUCUUGUUUUAAUUGUACAUUUUCUAAAAUUCUUGCUAUGUAAAGCUUAAUUUUUGAGAUUACAACAACAGAAGAAGGUUAUAUAGAUUUAUAAAAUAUUACAAUAAAUCAAGUAUAAAAUAAUCUAUUAUCAACUGAAAAAGGCACAGGAUGUUUUAGCAUUUAUUCAUCAAACAGUAAAUUAAAUCUUAGAUUAUUAAAUGCUUUUUUAUCAAAUAUUUUAAAUAGGAUGGCUUCUUCUAUAUUCACUAUUAUACCUUCAAAAUAAUCUAAUAUUAUUUUAUUAUAAGAUAUUUAUAUAUAGAAUUGCCUUUCAUUAGUCAAUUAAAUAAUGAAUGUAUAAUUUUCAUCAUUAAUAGCUAAUAAAAAUAUAAUUACAAUUAAAAAUAUGAAAAUAAUUUAAAAUUAUUAAGUAUGGAUAGAUUAUUUUGCUAAAAUUAGAGAUUUAUACAUUUAAGAAAUAACAGAUACUAUAAAUAAUUAAAAUUCUUUAAUUUCAUUUCAAAAUUGUAUUAUCUUGAUUCAGGAAUUUUUCAUAGAAGGGCUCAUUAUUAAUUCUGUCUUUCAAUUUGCAAAUAUACCCAAAUUAUAACUAUAUAAUAUUAAAUUAGAUAAAAUAUAAGUAUUAUAUUAAUUCAAUCUAAUUUAAGUAAUUUAACUUUAAUAAUUAUAAUCAAUUAUUGUAAUUGAUAAUCUAAGUAUAAAAAAUAUUUCACUUUAUUAAAAUAAUUUGAUUUAAUAAUCAACUUAUUAAUAACAAUCUUAUAACAUAAGAGGAUGUAAAAUAGUUUAAUAAUAUAUUGAAAAAUAUUAAAGAGAUUAUAUUUAGACUAUUGUUAGUUCUUUUCAAUAAAAUAAUGAUAAAGAAAGUUCACUCAUUUAUAUAUAAAGUAUUUCUAAUUUGAAUGGUUUCUAUUUUAGAGAUGUUACAUUUGAAAAAAAUGAUUGCUAAUAAUGUUAAAAAGGUCUAAUCUUUUUUGAAUUAUCAGAUUUUAAAUUUAUUAAAUUUGAAAAAUUCAAUUGCAAUUAUAAUUAAAUCAAAAUGUUUGGAUGCUUACAUUUCUCAUCCAAUACAUAUAUUAAAUAAAAAGUCUUAAUUGAAAAUUCUAAUUUCCUAUUUAAUAAUGGUACUCAAGGCGUUGGAAUAUUUUCAUAAAAAGUGAGUCUAAAAAUUAAAUAAUGCAAAAUAAUUAAUAAUAAUGCUAAAGAUUUGGGAGGAGGUUUAUAUAUGUAACUUGAAUCUUCUGGUUUUAUUGUUAAUAGAACAAUCAUCAUAGGAAAUAUAGCUAGAAUAGGAGGUGGUAUAUAUUUAGAUGGUAAUAGCAAUUUAAAUAAUAAUAAUUUUGUAUCAUCCUUAUUACUUUUCAAUACUGCUUAAGAAUAUGGGAAUAAUAUCAUAGAGAUUCCAACUCAUUUAGCUUUUUACAUUAAUUAUAUGGAGAAUCCUUCACAAUUUGUUAAUAUAAACAAUUAGUAAAUAAAUAUAUUACAUUUAAAAACUUACAGAAUGAUUGAAUAAGGUACUUAAAUUUUUAUGAAAGAUUUAUUAAUUCCAAGUAAUUAGGUUAUAAAAACAUUUAAAAUUUUUGACAUUCAUUAAUCAAAAUAUAUACCUUUUAUAUAAGAUAUUUUUUUAUCUUAUAAAAACAGUAGAAAUGAAGAAAUGCAUAAGUAUAUCAAUUCAUCUUGCAAAGUUUAGAAUAAAAUAAUAACAAAAGACAAAUAAGUUAUAGUAGACAAUAAAGUUAGUCAGAUUUUAAUUUAUAAUGUUUUAACAAAUUCUUUUGAUUUUGGAUCACUAUCAUUUAGUUUAGAUCCAUAUAAAUAAGAGUUCAAUUAUUUAUAAAUUGAUAUAAGUUGUUAAUUAAUAGAAUCAAAUAAUACUUUAAAAUAUAGAAUAUACACAAAGAGUCUGAAAUGUUAACUUGGUGAAUUUUAUGUUAAUAAUGGAUGUUAAAUAUGUUAGUAUAAUUAAGGUUAUUAUUCAGUUACAUACAAUGCAACAAAAUGUUCUAUAUUUGAUAAAAGUAAGUACUCUGAUAUUACUUCAAAUAUGAUUAAAUUACUUCCAGGAUUUUGGAGACCCAAUAAUUUUUCUGAUUAUGUAGAACCUUGUUUCAAAAAUCCAUUAUUUUGUAUUGGAGGAUGGUAGGUUGGUGAUUAGAUAUGUAGUUUUGGACAUAUAGGUGCUUUAUGUGAAGAGUGUGAUAUGUAUAACAUAAGAGGAUAAGGUAAUUUUUAUAAAAACUAAUGGGAUUAAAAUUGUAGAAAAUGUUAAUUUGAUUGGAGCAGUAUAUUUUCAUUUAUGCUAAUAAAUCUUUGGUAUAUUGUUUUAUAUUAAUAAUAGGACUUUUAUAUCUAUAUCAAUGUCAUUAAGAAGUAUCUCUAAAUCUAAUUAAUUAUAUUCAUAACUAAUAAUUGCUUAAAGAUUUAGCAAAAUAUUAUUUAAAUUAAAUUAAGGUAAAUAAUAUUUAAUAAAUUUAAAAUUAGAUUAAUAAAGUAUAUAAUUAAAAAUGUUGAUCAAUUAUUUGUGGAUUUAUUCAGUCAUUUUUACAUUUAAUAUAAGAUUUUCAUUUUCUCUUUUUUUUAUUGAAUAAACAAGUGAUACUUCAUAUUUCAUAGCUAAGGAUUUAGACUGUUAUAUAUCUUCUAUUUAAAGUGUUCAUAUUUUAUAUUUAAAAAUAUUCACAAUGUUAAUAUUAAUGAUUAUACUAUUUAAUCUAGUUAUUGCAGGAGCAUAUUUACAUACUUUAAUAACAAAACAAAAGCAUGAUAUAAGUAUCUUUUCAAACACUGCACUUUAUUUGUAUGUAUUUAAUUACGCAGGAUUGAUUAAAAUGUAUAAUAUUUAAAAUGAAAAGGUUUUCAUCUGCGCUUUCGAAACGAGAAGUAUCAAAUCACAAUUACAUUUAGGGAGAUGUUUCCUUAUAAUAUGGUUCAUAAAUUCAUUAAAAGUGGAUGUAUUAUUUUAUUAUUCCUGGUAUAUUUAUAAUUGGUAUAUUUAUUCCUAUUUUUAUUUAUAUUCUAUUGAUGUUAAACAAAAAUAAGUUAGAUAAAAUUAAACUAAGGAAACAUAUUUGUUAUUUAUUAAAUGAAUAUAAAUAAGAAAGAUAUUAUUGGGAAUUAAUCAAAUUAUUUAAAAAAUCAAUUAUUAUUUUUAUUAUGACAAAUUUUGAAACUGAAAUUGUUUUAAAAGCAUCAUUAUUAGGAUUGGGUUUAUUAAUAUAUUAAAUAUUGGCAAUUUUCAAUAAACCAUUUACUAUUUAAAAAUAUAAUUCUUUAGAUUUAUAAACAGCUCAAAUUUGCUCAAUUUCUAUAUUUUUAGCACUUACUAAAAGUAUUUGUGAAUAGAAAAAUUAUAUAUUCCCUUCUAUUCUGAUUCAAAUUUUUAUUAUUGGAUGCUUUAUCAAACUUUGUUACCCUUUUGUUUUUGGAAUUGCAAGAAACUAUUUUAAAAAGUAUCAAUUCUUUUAUUUAAAUAAAUUACAUUUCUUUCUUAAUUUGAAAGUACCUAAUUUCUAUUUCGCAAUAAUUUUAGGUAAGUUUUUGGAAAAAGAAAAAUUAAGAUAAAACAAACUUAAGUAUAACAUUGCCAAAUUGAAGAACCAUUUAAUCUUUUUAUCAAAAGUAUAAUUGAGAAAUUCAAGGUAAAUAUUAACAAAAUAUUAUUUAUAGAUAAAUAAUAUCUCCACAAAGUUCAAGAAUUUUAAGUACAAAAUCAAGUAGAAUAGGUGUUGAAAAAGUAUUUUUUAAUAAUGUUGAAGAAUAUGAAUCUAAUAAAAGAUGA